AUGGCGUUCAUAAAACACGGUGGGAUACUGUUGCUUUUUGUGAUAGCAGAGAUCAGCGCUGCCACGGAAUUCUUUAGAACGCCUCGUCAAUCCGGUCCGGGCAGCAUCUUCACAACCGGCAAUGGAGAACCAUGUCUCGGAGGUGACAGGUCCACUGGGGGCGUGUGCUUAUCAAGGAACCAGUGCAACACCCAGGGUGGGAAGGCUAUAGGAUUCUGUGGAGUCUUCGCUACGUGUUGUUCGUUAAACGCAUGUGAUAUACGGACAAACACGAAAGUCGCGGUCUUCAUCAACCCCCCCUUGAACAGAGAGUCGUCAGGCCUAGAAUGUUCUUACAACAUUGAGAUCAACAACAACAACGUAUGCCAAAUGAGGAUCGACUUCGAGACGUUUAAUCUCGCACCGCCUACCACUGUUGAUCCGGUCGAAAAUGUAACCCACCGUCCAGGGUUCGUCUGCAAGAAUGACAUCUUCCAAGUAACCAAUUUACACGCGAACUCUGAUUUCCUGCCGUCACUGUGUGGUGACAAUAGCGGUCAACACAUUUACGUGCGAGUAAACGCCUCAACCAAUAGCCGUUCCAUUCGUCUGAACUUCAAACUAGCUGACCGCGUCUCUCAGCCCAACCUGCCUCAAGCUACUUGGAAAAUUAAAGUUACACAGCUGGAGUGCUUCAAUACACUGGGCAAAUACCGGGACGGUAUCCUGGAGGCUAUAACUGCAUCACUGCCAGCUACUCCCUUCACGAGCACUGCAGACAGGGACGAAUACUUGAUCGCGCCACCCGGCUGUUUGCAGUACUACCCUGAUCGCGCGGGUUUCUUCGAAUCGUUUAAUUACAACCGCGGUGCUGGUCCGUACAUCGCCAACAUGGCGUACGCGACCUGUUUCAAACGGAACUCCGACGUUUGUGGUAUUAAGUUGACAGCAGCCAGCUUUGACAUGGCUUACCACGAUGAUUCCAACUUGUAUCUGGACACGGAUUGUCAAAUGAAUCCAGUGACUCAGGGUUUCGCGCAAUCCGAGGAUUACCUGUUCAUCCCCGAGGCGGAGACCGCUGACGGCCUGAGAGGCUCCAAGUUUUGUGGAUCGAGUGCAUCAAACCAAAUUAUUGCAUCGACGCCCCCCGGCCCCCUGUACGUGUACUUCCACAGUGACAACCUAGUGACUCAAGACGUUAACGAAGCCGGCUUCCGCUUUAACUACAACGUACUCAACAACUGCUAUAUUAAACAUUAAUCUACAAGCGCCAUAUUGUGAAUUAAUUACUAAAUUAUUGCAAAUGAAAGUUCAUAUAAAUUAUCGACUAUACAUAUAAUUGUUGUUUAGUUAAUGCUGUCUUCUUCUCUCAAAUGUCAAAUCGAUGAUGACAGAAAGAAAGGAAUCAUUUAACUAAACAGUCACUGAAUAACGU